AUGAGCCACAGUGCAGUGUGGCGCACCUCUCUGUACCAUAAACUCCGAGGCCCAAACGAUACAGGAUCCGACGAGCGCGAGAAUAGCAAAAUAAGUGCAGGCGAUAGAUAUAUACAGACGACCUCAGCGCGCACACGACCGCUACAAGGACGCGGGCGAGAAACUCUCGCAACAGCCACAGCCGCCAAAAUGAAGCCCUCCCCGCGCCUCCUCUCAACAGCAGCACCACCAAGGCAGAUCGCGCGCGCACGAGCUGUAUUCGCCGCGCGACCGCGACAUUCCUCCAAAUCAUCAGCCACAUCCUGUACAACCAGACAGCACGAUGCGGCGGAACGGACCCAGGCGCAGUCGCGACCACACUCCCAACAACAACCGGCGCAACAGCGCCAACCCUCUCACAAAACACACUACGCGCUCUUCCCCCUCACCCUCCCCGCGGGCCCUCCCCCAGCGGGUCCAUUUGCGAUCGACCUCCCCUCCCUGCGCAGGGAAUACCUCCGUCUCCAAGCCUCUGCGCACCCAGACGUGCACAGUGGCGCUUCCAAAGCGCGUGCUGAGGCUAUGAGCGCGGUUAUAAACGAUGCCUACGGCACCCUCCGCGACGGUUUGCGUCGGGCAGAAUAUAUCCUCUCUCUUCACGGUAUCGAUAGUAAAAAGGAGGGGGAGAAGAUGGGUGGUGGCUUGGGGUUAGGUGUUGAAGGGGGCUGGGGGGGGGGGGGGGAGGAGGACAUGGAAUUCUUAGACGAGGUUAUGGAAGUGCGUGAGGCGGUGGAAGGGGCGGAGGAGGGGGAGAUGGAAGGGUUGGUGAGAGAGAAUAAAGAGAGGGUUGCGAGGUGUGAGGAGAGGGUGGGGGAGAUGAUGGGGAGGGGGGAGUGGGAGGGGGCGAGGGGGGAGGUGGUGAGGUUGAGGUAUUGGAGGGGGGUGGGGGAGAGGUUGGUUGAGAGGGGGUAG